UCGCUUUGGUUCAAGGGAAAGCAAAGGCCAAAGGAGAGGGGAGCAUAUUAUUUUUUCCAGCCUACCUAUCAGUAACCACAUACAUUUGCAGUUUUGCACUGCUGCGUGAUUGCAUCGAUCACCUCGUUAGGCGUAUGUCACAUACAGAUAAGGAGAAGAAAGUAGUGAAGAAGCAGCAGGGAGGGUGGCACCAUGGCGGGGACGGCGCUGGGCAUGGCCACCACACUGGUGGGCAGCGCGCUCAGCGUCGCCUCCUCAGCUGCAAGAGAGGAAAUGGGCCUGCUGCUUGGGGUGCAGGAUGAUAUCUGGUUCAUCAGCGAUGAGCUAAAGAUGAUGCAAGCCUUCCUCAGGGCUGCUGACGGGGCGCGCGAGACCACUGGGGUGCUGAAGGCUUAUUUGGAGCUGAUCCGUGACUUGGCAUAUGACAUUGAAGACUGCCUUGAAGAGUUCAUGGUUUUCAUCAAGCACAAGAACCUUGUGCAGCAACUUCUCAGCUUGCGAGCACGUCACAGGAUUGCUGUCCAGAUACGGAUUCUCAAACAAAGAGUCCAGGAGGUGAGCCAAAGGAACCUGAGGUACAAUGCGAUCAAGCUCACACCAUCCACCUCCAGUGAUUUCAGAGUUGAUAUGGGGCUCACUCAGAAUCUCGCGGCCCUAUAUGUUGAGGAAACCCAGAUAAUUGGUUUGGACAAGCAAAAGGAGAAACUAACGAAAUUGAUAACCAAACCAAAGGUGCUCGAGAAGCUGGAAGCAAGCAAAUCUGGCCCAAGAGUGAUAUCUAUUGUUGGUAUGGGCGGCCUUGGCAAGACAACUCUUACCAAGAAGGUUUAUGAUAGCAAGGAACUUGGUGACAUGUUUGACACCCGUGCUUGGAUAGCAGUCUCACAAUCAUUUGACCCAAAAGAGCUACUUAAGGAGAUGAUCAAGCAACUCUUUGGGGCUUACUCAUUGAAAGAAUUCUUAGAAGAACAUCAAGGGCAGGUACUGGGAGUACGACAUCUCACUGAUCACCUGCGUACAAGACUGAAGGAGAGAAGGUACCUUGUUGUUCUAGAUGAUGUUUGGACCAUUGAAGCUUGGAAUUGCAUAUAUCUUAGUUUUCCAGAACACAGUAAGGAUGACAGUUGUGUAGUAGUGACUACACGAAAUCAUAAGUUAGCCGAGCAUUGUAGUCCCCCAUCACACAUACACCAACCUGAAAUCCUUGAGGGAAAAGAUGCUAGAAGCUUGUUUCUGAAAAAGACAAAUAAAAGACCAGAUGACUUGGAGAAUGAUGAUCGCACAAAGGAAAUUGUUGGGAAGAUACUUAACAAAUGUGGAGGACUGCCGCUUGCCAUAGUGACAAUAGGAGGCCUACUAGCCAAUAAGGAUACGAAAGAGUGGGAAAAUCUGUACAAUCAACUCCCUUCAGAGCUUGCAACCAAUCCAAGCCUUGAAGCACUAAGGCAAGUGGUUCAUGUAAGUUACAACCAUUUGCCUUCUCAUCUCAAGCCUUGCUUUCUGCAUCUCAGCCUCUUUCCAGAAGAUUUUGAGAUUGAACGGAAACACCUGGUGAAUAGGUGGGUAGCUGAAGGGUUCGUGACAAAUGCUACUAGUAGAACACUCGAAGAAGUAGCUGAAAGUUACUUCUAUGAACUCAUCAGUCGAAGCAUGAUCCAACCAUCCAAGCUGGAUGUUCUUGGGAAUGUGAAGACCUGCAGAAUUCAUGAUAUCGUGCAUGAUAUUGCUGUGUCAAUCUCUAGCCAGGAGAAUCAUGUUUUCUUAGUUGAAGAGCAUACAAGUGCCACUAGUACAUCAACAGAAAGCAUCCGACAUAUAUCAUGCUUUACUAAAUGGAAAUUGAACAGUGCCAUGGAUUUCAGCCGUGUUCGAUCCUUAACUAUGUUCAGUAAACCUUUGCAGCCAAUAGCCUCACUUUGUUCAUAUGAAUUCAAGAUGUUGAGGGUUCUGGAUCUUAAAAAUGGUGAAUUCAUUACAGAGCAACAAGACAUCAGAAACAUUUCAAUGCUGCUACACUUGAAGUACUUGCAUUUUCCAUGUUGGUAUUCACAUAUCUAUGCACUUCCCAGGUCCAUAGGAAACCUGCAAAGCUUGCUGACUCUAGAUAUACGGAAAUCAGCUGUUUCGACCCUACCAACAGAAAUCACAAAACUUCAUAAUCUUCAUAGUCUCCGAUGCAGCAGGAUACAAAAUGAUGAUAGAGCAGGUGUAUAUUUUAGAAGAAGCGACUAUGGAGACUGGUUUUGUGAUGCCUUAUCUUUAACGGGUUUAGCUAACCAUGAUACUCGUAAUGAUGCAAAUGCUGACCUUCAUGGGGCCGUGUCUAGCUGUUGGUCUUAUUCAUCUGGCAUUAAGUUGCCCAAAGGAGUGGGAAGAUUAAAACAGCUACAAAUACUAGAGAAAGUUGAUAUCAAGCGAACAAGCAGAAGAACAAUUGAAGAGUUAGGGGAACUAACUCAGCUGAGAAAGUUAGUUGUGAGAGGGAGAGGGGCCUCCAAGAAAAAGUGCAAGGCAUUCGGUGAGGCUGCACCGAAAUUAUCCUCCCUCCGUUCCCUUAAUGUGAGUACUAAAGAUUAUGUUAGAGAAGCUGGGGUGCUGGAUAUGUUAGUUUCUUUUACAUCCCCUCUCCCGUGUCUUGAGCGGCUCAAAUUGAAGGGGCUCCUUCAGCAGGUACCUGCUUGGGUUGGUGAAUGUGUGAGCUUGGUGAAGAUUGACUUGAAGUAUUGUAAGUUCAAGGAACUGGGGGCCUUGGCUCAAUUGCCUAACUUGAUCCAACUACGACUUUUUGAAGAUGCGUACGAUGCAGAGAAAUUGGUGUUCUGCAGGGAUGAAUUCCCAAAGCUGAGGAUCCUACGUCUACAGCAUUUUAGGAGGUGGCCACUGACUAGGGAGGUGACGUUUGAGCAGAGCACCUCACCUAACAUGGAAACAAUAUACAUCAAGAAUUACCCGUUGACAUCAGGAAUCAAUGGUAUCGAGAACCUUCCAAAACUCAAGGAGGUCUAUAUUGAGGGUGGUAUGUUGGCGAAGCAAGAUAUGCUAAAAGAGGAAGCAGGUAGACACAUGAAUCACCCCGUGUUGCAAAUUCAGCGCUGUCUUCCUCCGAUCACUGAAGAGUCUGAGGCGACGGUGGAAGUUACAGAGUCCAUUUCUGAACAAGGGGAGAGCUCGCAGUCUUGAUCUGGAUUCCAUGACGCCAUCCAUCCUCCUCGUCAUCCUUGACAAUCCACAACAGGUCAGCCCUGACUCCUGCACAUCGCCUGGACGUUAUUCUUCAUCCAGAAACAUCACUACAUUGAAUUGCGGUACCUCGUGCCGUUUUCACUGUUCCAUCAAAUGUAUCGUUGUAUCCUGUGCUUGCUUACUGUUUGUGUGUAAUAAUCUGGCCAGAAGACUUGUUAACUCUAUUCCACUGCUUGCAUGCUCGUGUCUGUUAUAGUCACAACUGUUGUUCUGUCUGUCUGUAUAUGCGUACAGCCAGUGGUGCUCGGCCUUGUGUGUAAACAAUCAACAGACAUUUUAUUUGUGAAUCUAUGUGUGUUCUUUGUCA